GUCAAACAGAAUUUUACUCACCGUUUGACAAUAUUAUUAAUGUUUACAAUUUUAACUUCCUAGGCAACUCGAGGGGAGCAAGGUUGAAACAUGCGAUCAAUAGAAUGUAAUCGGCCCCAGUGACGUACUGAUCGGUGCAAUGUUGAAAGUUUACACAAUAACUUCGGUUGAAUAAGAUCAGUUUGCUAGUCAUGCAGAAUUGAGAAUUCUAUACUAUGGUCUGAGACUGAACUAGCCGAUUGACCGACAAUGACAGGUUGUCAGUGAGUUACAGUGAAGAAUUGACUUUUUGAAAAAAGAAUUUCAGGUAUAUAGUUAUGUUUAUCAGCCACAGAACGCCACUUUAAAAAGUUCAUCAGUCGUACAUGUACAUGGUAUAUCGUAUAACUAUAAAUGUGAUAUUGUUGUUAUCUAGAUAUAUAUAUAUAUAUAUAUGGUUUAUUAAUUUACCAGCCAAUAAACGAUUUAUGUAACAUCUGGAUAAAACUGGUUCAUUUCUCUGCAUAUAAAUUCAAGGGAUUUUAACAACAAGCUUAAACUUCAAAAUGCUGCACUUGACAAAGAAGUACAGAGUAACCUGACUUGGUGUAUUUAUGCACAUCAAUGUUUAAGAAGGUGUAGAAAAAGCAUAUAGUGGUCGAAGGUUUGUAGAAAUUUUAUUGUAAAGUCGUCAUCAUCGUCAUCAUGGAGGUGAAGCACAUCUUUCGUCAGUGUCUUAAUAUUCACAAAAAGUGUGCGUACCCUGGUUUUGGAAGUCGGAGCAGGUUUCAAGAAAUUCUAUUCAAUGGAAGUGGAUUGGGUGCCGUUCAUCGUUUACAGAAUAGCAGACGGUAUUCUACUGGUACAGUGUCGUCGCUGGAAAGAGAGGCUAUUCCCCUACCUAAAGAAGCACGAGUUGUUAUAUGUGGUGGAGGUAUUCUAGGAUCCAGUGUUGCCUACCAUUUAACAGAGAGAGGGUGGACAGAUAUAGUAUUAUUAGAGCAGGGAAGUUUAACUUGUGGUACAACAUGGCAUUCAGCUGGUAUGAUAGGACAACUUCGUGGCAAUACUAUAGAGAUGGAAAUGGUUCGCUAUAGUCGUAAUCUUUACAAACGUUUGGAGGAAGAAGGACAUGGACUAGGCUGGAAGGAAUGUGGUAGUGUUAAUCUUGCUAGAACUCAUGAUAGAAUGAUUGACUUCAGAAGAAAACAUGCUCUUGCUAGUGCCACUGGUUUAGAAGUACAUAUGCUGACGCCACACGAGAUUAAACAGAUGUGCCCGUUGUUAAAAUCUGAUGAUUUAGAGGGUGGAAUUUGGAUACCAUCUGAUGGAGCAGUUACAGCUCCUGAUGUUGCUAUGGUAUUUUCCAAGCUUGCCAAAGAUAAAGGUGUAAAGAUUUUAGAAGGUGUAAUGGUAGAAAAGAUUCAAAUCCAGAAUGAUGUUGUGAAAGGAGUAAAGACAUCAGCAGGAACAAUAAAUUGUGAAUAUUUUGUGAAUUGUGCUGGUCAGUGGGCUCGUGAAGUUGGUAAACGAAGUGUACCUAAAGUUCGUGUACCUUUACAUUCUUGUGAACAUUAUUAUCUGGUCACUAAACCAUUAGAGAAAGUGGACAGAAUGAUGCCAGUUAUAAGGGAUCAAGAUGGUUAUAUUUAUUCUCGUGAAUGGAAUGGUGGAAUUCUUGCUGGUGGAUUUGAACCUGUGUCUAAACCAGUUUUCCAUACUGGUGUUCCCGAUAAAUUUGAAUUCCAACUUUUACAAGAAGAUUGGGACCAUUUCCAAAUUCUUUUGGAACAAAUUCUGCAUCGCUUUCCAUUUUUGGAAGAUGCUGAAAUUCGUCAACUGAUUAACGGACCAGAGAGUUUUACUCCAGAUUCAAAUUGGAUACUCGGAGAAUCGGCCGAAGUAGAUAAUUAUUAUGUAGCGGCAGGUAUGAAUUCUAGAGGUAUUGUAGGUAGUGGUGGUAUAGGUAAAUAUAUGGCCGAGUGGAUUAUAGAUGGUGAACCUAGUAUUGAUUUAUGGCAGUAUGACGUCAGACGUUAUGUCGAUCAUCAUAAUAAUAGACAGUUCUUACAAGAUAGAAUGAGGGAGGUCUUAGGAACACAGUAUAUUUUACGUUAUCCUAGAGAUGAUUAUAAGACGGGUCGUAAAUUACGUACAUCACCAUUACAUACAAGACUUGAGGUAGCUGGUGCUUGUUUCGGUGAAACAAUGGCGUAUGAAAGACCCAUGUGGUUUGAUCCUGAUAAGAGAGAACGUGGUGAAGAUGUAUAUAUCCAUCAAGGUUCAUUUAAAAAACCUGAUUGGUUUGAAAUUGCUCAAGAAGAAUAUAUGGCUUGUAAAGAAAGAGUUUGUUUAAUUGAUAUGUCUUCGUUUGCCAAGUUUGAAAUAAAGUCGUCUGGUAAAGAAGCGUUGGACUAUUUACAGUAUUUAUGUUCUAAUAAUAUAGCUCUAGAACCAGGAAGUAUUAUACAUACUGGUAUGCAGAAUGUACUCGGUGGAUUCGAAAAUGAUUGUAGUAUAGCAAGAAUUGGUAAAAACUUCUUUUUCAUGAUAUGUCCAGCCACACAACAGACAAGAGCGUUGUCAUGGUUACAACGUAAUCUACCUGCUGAUGGAUCCGUUCAGGUUCGAGAUGUUACCUCCAUGUAUUCAGGAAUAAAUGUCAUUGGUCCACAUGCUCAACAACUAUUAGCAGAUGUUACGGAUGUUUCAACAACGAAAAAAGAUUUCAAUGUCAUGACUUGUAAAAUAAUAGAUGUCGGCCAUGCUGGUGGUAUAACAGCUAUGAGAUUAACUCAUGCAGGAGAAGAUGGAUUUAUUCUUUAUAUUCCAUCCGAGUAUGCUCUUCAUGUGUAUGACACCUUGAUGAAUGCAGGUAAAGAUUAUGGAAUUAGAAACGCUGGAUAUUAUGCUAUACGACAUCUCCGUAUAGAGAAAUCAUUUGCCUAUUGGGGAUUAGAUCUUGAUGCACAUACAACUCCUCUAGAGUGUGGCCGUGAAUUCCGAGUUAAAUUUGAUGGGAAAGAUUUUAUCGGUAAAGACGCUCUGAUUAAACAGCGAAAGGAAGGUGUCAGUCAAAAGUUUGUUCAGUUUAUGCUAGAAAACUUUGAUGUUGAUAAUGACGUAUGGCCAUGGGGUGAAGAACCUAUAUUUAGAAAUGGCCGAUAUGUUGGUAAUACCUCUACCUGUGGAUACGGCUUUACCCUAGACAGAAUGAUAUGUCUAGGUUUCAUCAGUGACUAUGAUGAAAAUGGACAACCAAAAAUUAACCCAAAUAUGAACGAUUAUGUGAUGGAUAAAAACGCUAUUUAUGAAAUAGAUAUCGCGGGUACAAAAUAUUCCGCCAAGCCGGGUAUUCAUACGCCUAAAUUGGCGUUGUCUAGUGUUGAUCCUUCUUUAUUAGCUUCUUUACACAGAUAAAAUAGUUUCAUAGACCAAUAAUUUGAUUUUUGUUCUUCAAUAAUAAAUAAUAAUAAUAAUGUCAUUUAUAUAGCGCUAUUCCACACAGAGAGUAUGUUCAAAGCGCUUGUGAUUCAGUUCUGUACAAUAAAAGUUCCAACUCAAAGGAACUACUAAAGAUAACAUCUAAAUAAAUAUGUCUUCAAUAUGGUUUUGAAUGUUGGUAAGGAUGGGCAUUGAUUUUGUUAUGUUUACCAUUGGUACACGAAUCGUAUAUCAUAAUGCGUUUCAGUGCCAUUUGUAACAAGCGACUCGAAGAAUGAGGCUAGACAUAUUCUUAUCUGUAGAGUAUGAGCAAUAAAUACUAUCGGUGUAGACUGGAAUAAUCAGACACUAGAGAGUACCAUUCGAUUGAGACUUCUGGCAUAUUUCACCGAACAUAACUGAUUAGAAAUUAUAUUUCACAUAGUUCACCUUUUUCAAUUGGGGGAGCUACAGUGACUGAGUGGGUAAGACGCUGGCUCGCUAGCCUCAAGGUCACAUGUUCGAUCCCUGCAUUGGCCGAGAAAGUUCAUCAGGAUUUUCCGACGUGGUUUCCCCUUGUCAGUGGACAGCUGUAUACAUGGACGUACAUGUAAAAGAUCCCUUGACAGUUAGAAUUCGAUAUAAGAGUACGCCAUAGUGCCGUUGUCCGGGCAAAAUUCCCUCAUAGCACACUGUAUGGUGUAAACCCAUCUUCAUUAGCCCAGUCGGAGCAGAACAGUAGGACGUUUAAACCCCAUUUCAUUUCAUUUACAUUUACAUGAAUCGUGGGUUUUCUCCGGGUCCUCUGGUUUUCUCCCACUGCUAAAGACCCCUAUACGCAAGCAAAUUAUUGAAAUAAAAUUGAACCAUGUUAGUCCCAAAAUGACAUAGUUUGUGUCGAGUGGACGUUAAUCCCCAUAUUUCUCUCUAUGCUUACAUGUGAAAGAAUUUUCAUCCAACUGAGGUUUUAAACACCUCAUUCAUGUGCAUGCAAAUAUGUACACAGAUGGUUUUCUGCCCCAUUCACCAUCAUACUAAACUAACACUGUCUGUCUACAAUUAGCUCUGCUUGAGAACAGACAUUAAAGAUACAUUAUGUAAGAUUUAGAUAAAGAGCUAAACAUUCUUGCUAUAAUAGUUCGAAAAUAGAUCAUGUAAAAUGAAUAAUUUUAUAAAUUUCAUUCAAAUUACUCUAUUGAGAGCGAAGAUAUUAGCCUUUGAAGGUUUGACAAUAUGUGUGCAAUAAUUUCAAUCACCGUACUGGUUGUUCGAAGCUAAGUCUUGCUCCUCCAUUUUUAGAUUAAAUCAAAAUAUGGCUGAACUGUUCUAAUCUAUUUAAUAUCGGAGAAAUCUGAUGGCAUCGAGAGUUGAUUAUGAUCUUGUUAUGUUAAUAAAUGUCUAAUUAAUAAUUUAGAAAACAUUUCAGGCCUAAAGAAAGACCUGCAAUAGGCAGAUUUCGCUCUUGCAUAAUGCAUGUUUAAGCUAAUUGACCGACAUUUUAAUUCCUACAUCUACGAUAGAAGUCAAAAACACUAAGUAUUUAUUCUUUUUCUAUUUAAUAAAAUUGAAAAUGUUUAGUUUUUGUGCAUUCUGAUUAAAAUACUGAUCUACUGUGUAGUACAGACAAAGCGAAACGAAAUAGAUCCUAUGUUUUAACCAGAUUGGUCUUUGUGUGUAUAACGGGUGUAAAACGGAAUAGGACCGAAUUACAAAAUAGGGUACUAAUUUUUGGAUAUGGCGGCCAUUCUGGACAGAGAUCUUUUCUCGAAGUAGAUAGUUUAAAUGUUUAUUUAAUAUUUGUGUGUAUGACAGAUGUGAAACGGAAUAGGACCACAUUACAAAUUAGGAUACUAAUUUUGGGAUAUGUCGGCCAUUCAUGGCAGAGAUCUUUUCUCGAAGUAGAUAGUUUAUAGAUAGUUUAAAUGUUUAUAUGUGUGUAUGACAGAUGUGAAACGGAAUAGGACCGAAUUACAAAAUAUGAUACUAAUUUUUGGUUAUGGCAGCCAUUCAGGGCAGAGAUUUUUUCUCGAAGUAGUAGUUCUCUGUGUGCAUAAUGCCUGGACAUGUGAAAGUCGAUAUGAUUGAAGAUGUUUUCGAUUUGUAUAAAUACGGUGAUGUGUUUGUAUUUAAAUUGUGAGAGUUAAUCUAUGUGACAUGAAUGUAAAAUUCUUUUUAUACGCCCACAUUGAAAUGUGGUCGUAUAUUGUCGUCGCCCCCGUCCGUCCGUUGGUCUGGCGGUCCGGCGUCCACAAUUGCUUGCGGACGCUCUAGAGGCUAAAGUUAAUAUCUGGUUGACUUUAAAUUUAUACACCGUGUUUAAGGUCUUGAGAUGAAGAAGCCUAUUGAUUUUCAGCGAUUUCCAAUAAUUACUGCCAGAGUUAUGGCCCUUGAUCACUUUGAAAAAUCUUGUGGACGCUCUAGAGGCCAAAGUGAAUAUCCAAUUGACCUUAAAUUUAUACACAGUGUUUGAGGUCAUGAGACAAAGAAGCCUACUGAUUUUCAGCGAUUUCCGAUAAUUACUGCCAGAGUUAUGGCCCUUGAUCACUUCAAAAAAAUCUUGUGGAUGCUCUAAUGGCCAAAGUUAAUAUCCGAUUGACGUUAAAUUUAUACACAAUGUUUAAGGUCAUGAGACGAAGAAACCUAUUGAUUUUCAAUGAUUUCCAUUAAAUUACUGCCAGAGUUAUGGCCCUUGAUCACUUCAAAAAAUCUUGUGGAUGCUCUAGAGGCUAAAGUUCAUAUCCGAUUGAGUUUAAAUUUAUACACAGUGUUUGAGGUCAUGAGACAAAGAUUCCUAUUGAUUUUCAUCGAUUUCCGAUAAUUACUGCCAAAGUUAUGGCCCUUAAGUUAUCAUCCGAUUGACUUCAGAUUGAUAUACAGAGUUUAAGAUCUUGAGACGAACAAGUAUAUUGAUUUUCAAUGAAUUUUUAUGACUUGAACAGUUAAAUCUAUGAUAUUAAAAGCUUUGCAUACAAAACGUUAGCAUGGGGCAAACAAAUUCUAAUAGUUUUCUGAUAAUUACUUCGUGAAUUGUUGCUCUUAAUCAGAUUUUAGUGUAUUAUAAAUGUUUCAUUACCGAAAAAAGUAAAAAUAUGCGACAACCCUUGUUGACUGCCCGGACGAUUUAGUUGCUGUGGGCGUAUGUUUCGUUGCCUGGCAACCUAUCUUUAAUGUUUGUAUGAAUUUUAUAACGUGUCAAAAGAUUUGCUUGGUUUUCUGAUUUUCUAAUUUAAUUAAUAACUGUAUUAACUUUGAAUAAAUUGUUGAUUUUCUGUAA